GUAAGGUGAGGUGCUCGUGUGCCUCUCGUCUCUCCACGGUGCCCUGACUUCAGAAAUAUUCUCAGUCUUUCCAUUCUAACUUUUUAACUUAGGAUCAAUGGAAAUGUGUUGACAAGCGUGUACAUGCCAGAAUCUACGGCUGAACGUAUACAUACAUCUUGAAACUGCAAAAGUGGUAUUAAAAUCUAAUGCGAUACAUUUUUCACUGAAUAAGUUGUGAAGGGUGAGUAAUUAUUCGUCACUUUUUAUAAUUAGCUGUGAUAGCAUGGCAGAAAGUUCGUAAUAUACGCUCGGCUUUAAAUCGUGAGUGUUUAAAUGUGGACAUCAAUCAAAUUUAAAAAUAUUGUUAUAGGCACUUUUUCGACAUAGUUAAAACAAUUUAGAGCUGCAAGCAAUCAGUGAUACGUAUAGAUUUCUCGUGAAUCGAAACAAGAAUGGAAUUUUUCAGCAGCAGUGCUCGUGUUUUACUGGUAUUCAAAAUACGUGAGGCUUGUAACAUUUUGAACUGUUCUGUGCGAGGCUCGAAAACUUGGUAACUUGCGUGACCACCAAACGCGUGGCUAUAGUGAAGACUUGAGUCCCUCAGAGCGGCGUUAUACCUGCGCGUGCUUCAUGGAUUACUUCAAUAAGAUGGACGGGGCUGGGUAUGUGAGGGCGAGCCUGCUGGGCAUGAGCCAGGGUAUCUCCCACCUUCACGACCCCCUGAGACUGCACCCAGCGCUACACGGAGUUCAGGUCUCCGAAGCCAACAAAGACGCAAGUCCGUUGAUGCGGCCGCUGUCAGACUACGGUCAUCUGCCGUUCAUGGGCUUUACCCCGCACUUCCUCCACCACACCUUGGAUCACCGACUGCCCUUGCCUUCUGCUUUCCACCCUUUGAGCCACAAGCCUGUGUCUGGAGGUGCCUUGCAAGCACCUACACCUUGCAGCAGCGCCAGUAUCCACAGCUCAGCAUUCUCCCCACUUCCUAACAAGAACGCCAAACUGGAGGCCGACACCGGCAUCGUCGUGCCGGCAUCAUCGGCGGCCAACAUCUUCUCGCAGGGGAUGUUGGCCAUCGAUGCCAGGAACGCCCUCUUUGGGGGACUCUCACCCCCCGGCAUGAACGCUGUGGGGAUGACGAUGGGUGAUGAUCGAAGAGAUUCACCUUCACCACGGGGGUCUCACGGGUCGCGGGACUCCCCCGCACAUGCUCGGGAUGCGGACACACCCAAUUCGACGGGAGAAGACAGCAGGGGCCGUAAGCUCAGGCCCGGCGAGAGCUGGUGCCCCGUAUGCAGCACACCAAUCCGGGCCUCAGAGUUUGAGGCCCACUUGGGCCUCGAGCUCGAGAAGCUGGGCCAGCUGUUGUCAGAGCGCAGUGCAGGCCCCGGGUCUGUGCCCCGCAGCUCCCCCAACUCCGGGCCCAACAUCAUGCAUGGGCCCAUGAGUCCCGUGACCAAUCACAGGGCCAGGGACCCCGGAUAUGAUACGUACGAACGCGUGCGCAGCAACCGCCUGAACAGGAUGCGCACGAAGCGCAAGCGGCCGGGCCGCGUAGAGGACCUCGCGUGUCCUGUGUGCAGUGAGCGCAGCAUCGCUCCUGAGGACUUCAACCAACACAUGGAGCAGUGUCUGCGGCUGUCUNUUUUACUUUUGCCAGACCUUGCGCUGCCGCAGCUGCCGCCCCUCUCCUCAGGCUUGUACCUCGCGCCCAGCGUGAGCAGAAGUGACGGGGGGCUGUCGCUCCCCCCUCGUUGUGGGGGACCGGGGGCCUCUGAGGACGAGGUGGUCGAUGUGGAGGGCGAUGGACCAAUGGACGACUACCAAUGGCCGGGAGGACGGCCGCUGCGAGGGGCGCCGCGCCCCCCCUCCGCCAAUCAACGAGACGCAGAUUCUUCAGACAAAGAUCAACAACAAAAUCCUCGCGCGCCUGUAUCCAUCUCCAGCGACACCGGGGUGAAUGGAGCAUGUGGAGAUGGUGGAGGUGGAGUGGAGGAUUUGGAGCAGGAAAUGCAGGAUAUCAAAGAUAAGAGGAUCAAUGACAGCGAAGUGGAAAACAACAACACCAAACAGCGCUUCUCUUGCUUAGUUUGCAGGAGUGAAUACAAGCGGCCUGCGGUGUCGGUGGUGUGUUGGCAUGUGAUGUGUGAGGGAUGCUGGUCCACCACCCUCGGCGUCAAGACGGAGUGUCCGCAGUGCUUCCGCACCAUGGCCGCCGAGGACGUCCGGCCCAUACACUUGUGACGGCCCGAGCAGUGAACGGUAGGCCGUUAAUGGGAUCAUGACCGUGCAUACGCCAGCACGGGCCGUGAACGCGCAACGGUUAACGAGACCGUCAUGACCGUGCCCACGCCAACACGGGCAGUGAACGGUAGACCGUUAACCGGAACGUUAUAACCGUGUCCACGCCAGCACGGGCCG